AGCUAGAGCUCUAUAAGUAAACACUCCGCGCGGUGCAGACAAGGCUGUUUCCUAUUUGUGAGGCGGGGGCUGCGAGAGCAGCCGCGCUUCCGACUGGUUCCGGUUUCCUUCCUUCCUCAGCUCUCUUAGGUGGGCUCGCGGUCUAGCAUUCGCCGCCGCCUGUCGGGCCCGGCGUCUGGUCGGUCUUCCUCGCUUGUGCGCGCGCUCGCCCGCCGGCCGCGGAGAACCAGAGCAGCCGGAGAAGCGGCGCGGGCCGGGCGGGGCGCGGCGCCCGGAGCGCAGGGGGAGACAAAGCGAAGCCGGCCCCUUCUCCCGGCGCCGAGAUGUGGAUCCAGGUUCGCACCAUCGACGGCUCCCAGACGCGCACCAUUGAGGACGUGUCUCGGAAAGCCACAAUUGAGGAGCUGCGCGAACGGGUGUGGGCGCUGUUCGACGUGCGGCCCGAGUGCCAGCGCCUCUUCUACCGGGGCAAACAGUUAGAAAAUGGAUAUACUUUAUUUGAUUAUGAUGUUGGACUGAAUGAUAUAAUUCAGCUGCUAGUUCGUCCAGACCCUGACCUUCCUAGCACAUCUAAACAGACUGAUGUACAGGCCAAACCCUGUUCUAAGAGUCCACCUAAAGUAAAGAAAACCCCAAGGGUGGGACCUUCCGGUCAGCCGUCUACAUCAACUCAUGAUUUUCUUAUUGAUCCUGGCAUUGGACUAUACAAGGUAAAUGAAUUGGUGGAUGCCAGAGAUGUUGCCCUUGGUGCUUGGUUUGAAGCACGUAUACAUAGUGUUACUAGAGCUUCUGAUGGACACUCACGUGGCAAAACUCCACUGAAGAAUGGCAGUUCUUAUAAAAGGACUAAUGGAAAUAUAAAUCAUAAUUCCAAAGAGAACACAAAUAAAUUGGACCAUGUACCCUCUACGUCUAAUUCAGACUCUGUUGCUGCUGAUGAAGACGUUAUUUAUCGUAUCGAGUAUGAUGAAUAUCCGGAAAGUGGUACUGUAGAAAUAAAUGUAAAGGAUCUUCGACCACGAGCUAGAACCACUUUGAAAUGGAACGAACUAAAUGUCGGUGAUGUGGUAAUGGUUAAUUACAAUGUAGAAAGUCCUAGUAAUAGAGGAUUUUGGUUUGAUGCAGAAAUUACCACACUGAAGACAAUCUCAAGGACCAAAAAAGAACUUCGUGUGACUGUUUUCUUGGGGGGUUCUGAAGGAAAAUUAAAUGACUGUCAGAUAAGAUUCAUAAAUGAAAUCUUCAAGAUCGAGAAACCUGGAGCCCAUCCUCUUUCAUUGGCAGAUGGAAAGUUUUUAAGGAAAAAUGACCCUGAAUGUGACUUUUGUGGUGGAGACCCAAAUAAGAAAUGCCGUUCUUGCUCCUGUCAUAUAUGUGGUGGAAAACAGGAACCCAACAUGCAAGUUCUAUGUGAUGAAUGUAACAUGGCCUAUCAUAUUUACUGCCUGAAUCCUCCUUUGGAUAAGGUCCCUGAAGAGGAAUACUGGUAUUGUCCUUCCUGUAAAACUGAUUCUAGUGAAGUUGUAAAGGCUGGUGAAAGACUCAAGAUGAGUAAAAAGAAAGCAAAGAUGCCAUCAGCUAGUACUGAAAGCCGAAGAGACUGGGGCAGGGGAAUGGCCUGUGUUGGUCGCACUAGAGAAUGUACUAUUGUUCCUUCUAAUCAUUAUGGACCUAUUCCUGGAAUUCCUGUUGGAUCGACUUGGAGAUUUAGAGUUCAGGUGAGCGAAGCGGGUGUCCAUAGACCCCAUGUUGGUGGAAUUCAUGGUCGAAGUAAUGAUGGCGCUUACUCUCUUGUCCUGGCUGGUGGAUUUGCGGAUGAAGUAGACCGAGGUGAUGAAUUCACAUACACUGGGAGUGGUGGUAAAAAUCUUGCUGGUAAUAAAAGAAUUGGUGCACCAUCGGCUGAUCAAACAUUAACAAACAUGAACAGGGCAUUGGCCCUAAACUGUGAUGCUCCAUUGGAUGAUAAAAUUGGAGCAGAGUCUCGGAAUUGGAGAGCUGGUAAGCCAGUCAGAGUGAUACGCAGUUUUAAAGGGAGGAAGAUCAGCAAAUAUGCUCCUGAAGAAGGCAACAGAUAUGAUGGCAUUUAUAAGGUGGUGAAAUACUGGCCAGAGAUUUCAUCAAGCCAUGGAUUCUUGGUUUGGCGCUAUCUUUUAAGGAGAGAUGAUGUUGAACCUGCUCCUUGGACCUCAGAAGGAAUAGAACGGUCAAGGAGACUAUGUCUACGUUUGCAGUAUCCAGUAGGUUACCCUUCAGAUAAGGAAGGGAAGAAGACUAAAGGACAGUCAAAGAAGGCCAGUGGAGCCUCAAAAAGGCCAUCUACAGAUGAUGAUUGUCCAAGUGCCUCCAAAGUACUGAAAGCAUCAGAUUCAGGAGAAGCAGUUGAGGCUUUCCAACUAACCCCUCAACAACAACAUCUAAUCAGAGAAGAUCAUCAAAACCAGAAGCUAUGGGAUGAAGUUCUUGCAUCUCUUGUGGAAGGACCAAAUUUUCUGAAAAAAUUGGAACAAUCUUUUAUGUGUGUCUGCUGCCAGGAGCUAGUUUACCAGCCUGUGACAACAGAUUGCCUCCACAAUGUCUGUAAAGAUUGCUUACAGCGCUCCUUUAAGGCUCAAGUGUUCUCCUGCCCUGCUUGCCGGCACGAUCUUGGCCAGAAUUACAUCAUGAUUCCCAAUGAGGUUCUGCAGACUCUACUUGACCUUUUCUUCCCUGGCUACAGCAAAGGACGAUGAUCUGUCUACUUCUACUGUGUUGCUCCCUGUGGCUUUUUGGACAAUAAAGAAUCUAAAAUGGUUGGGGUGGGGGUGGGGGGUGGAAGCAGUGGUGGACCAUAUCUCUCACGUUCUGAAGCAGCUAAUCCUCUUUCCUACGUAGCCAUCAUCUUGUGUGUGUAGUAAGAGGCCCAUUUCUCAACUGUCUUUUAAAUAUCAAAAGGUAGUUCUUGUCAGUUUAACAACUAGUUUUAAUGAGUAAAAAGUCAAAGCCUCAGCUCUAGUUGAUAUCCAAGUUAUGAUUUAUUUUGCAACUACCUCAGGACAGAAAAGACUUAUGGGGAUUUUUUAAAUCAUUGAAUAAUUAGUUAAAUGAAAUUUUAGCUACACACUGCCUCCCAAAUAUUAGUUGUGCCUGGUUCAUGUAAUUUGAUUUUCAGAAAAGGAAGUGACACUUGAGAUUGUUGGAAUGAACGCAGCUUCUGUAGUGUGCAUAAUACAUUUUUAAUGUCUUCUUCCAUUACAGUGUGUGUUUUGCAGGACAGGUUCAUUUUUUUAGCCAAUUUUGUGAGCUCCAUUGUGCUUUUUUCUGGUGUUUUAUGCAAGCUGACUACUAAUGAAAACAAUAUGAAUGCAUUGUUGCUGCAUUAGUGUAAUGUGGUGUGGUUUUGCACUUAAAAGAGGUAUUCAGAUGAUCUAGUUGUAAAUGUUCAUGUGAAAAGCCUCUUCUGUACUAAUCAAACUGCUUUUAGUGAGUCUCACCAGUGGUUUUACAUCUGCAGAGCAUUGAGGACUGGGCUGACUUUUUGAGAGGAUUGAAAUUGCUUCAUAUUGUGAUCCUAAAUUUUAUAUUCACUAUAUUCCCUAAAGUAUACCUUAAUAAAUAUUUUAUGACCAGAAAAAUAGCUCAUCUUGUUUCACUUUUUUACAUUUGUCUGGCUUAUAUUUGUAGGUGUUUUUAAGAAUCAGUCAUUUCCAGAGUAUUUCAUUGUGUGUUUUUACUGAAACAUUUUGCACAAUUUUUUACUCUUGAUUUUUGGUAUUGAGAACUAGUAUGAAAUCUUAAGCACUAAGGGACAGAUUUCACCCUGGGGUUUGAUCUUUUGGGUUUUUUUUAACUAAAUGGGGAAAAAGUUUCAAAUUAAGAACCUAGUGACUAUUCUUUUAUCUAUAACAACCAAGUCUUAGGUUCAAUUUAAGCAUAAUCAGUGCUACUUAUUUCACAAACCUGAGAAUAUUCUAAAACAGUUCUAGUUUCUGAAACUAAAUUUUCAUAAAACUUUUAAUAUUAUCGAAUCAGUUUUCCUACCCUGAAUUCAGAGCCAUAAAUAGAGCCAAUAUUUAUUGAAUAUUUGUUUUGCAUUUGUUCAUGUAUAUUUAUUUAAUUCUACUGACAGUCCUAAUAGGCAGGAUUUCUUAUCCCCUUCUUAUGGAUGAAUAACAAAGGCACAGAAAGGUUAAGAAACUGGCCAAAGUUCAUAGGGCAAGGAAGUGCCAGAGCUGUGCUGUAAACAGGCUGAGUCCAGACCUGGCAAUCUACUUCUGGGCUAUGUAGACUCUCACAUUUGAAUAUAAGCCAGACUGGUUUCAGUGCUUUUCCUGCAUUCAGUUAAGCUCAAAAUCAGCUCUGGGAAACACAGCACCGUGAUUGGAGCUACUGUCACUUAGGGCUAGUUUUAAACAUUAGAAUCAUUUUUAUUUUGAAGAAUCAAAUUUAAAUUAGAUUGAAAAUGAAUCAUUAAAUUGCAUCAUCUAGUAUUUUAUUUCCUCUGGCAUUGGCCAUAUCGCUGCAUGAAGGGUGGGGAAUACCUUCCAGUUUCAGCUACUUGAAUUUGUUCUACCACUUUUUAGGGAAAUAAGGAAUUCCCACAUUUAUGCUGUAUGUUGUUUUAACUUUGCUAUAAAAUGAUAGAUUAUGAAAAAAAAGCUGAUUACAGCUUAACAUGUUCAGAAGUGUCAAGAAUGUCCCAAAGCUAAGCAAUUUUAUAUUACUCUUAAACUUUUUUCUAAAGACUUCCAAGUUUUUUUACAUAAGUAUUUCAGUUUGUAUCUAGAAGAUACAGACUUUCAGAAAGCAUAACCACAAUGUGUUGUCACAUGUGUAAAAAAAAUUUGUUAACUAAUUAUAUCAUCAAAUCUAGUAAAUAUUUGUUCAAAUUUCCAUUGUCUCAAAUGUCAUACAUGGAUAUUUAAGUUUGUUUGAAUCAGGAUCCAAAUAAGGACUUUACAUUGUUACUAAUUGCUGUCUUGUAAGUAUCUUUAAUCUGUGUAUAUCCCCUUAAUCUUUUUUUUUUUUUUCCUUUGCCUUUUACAAUUUGCAUUUUGAAAUGUUCUGGAGCCUUUCAAACAGAAU